AUGGUGUACCUUCACUUUCCUUCCAAUUUGACUGAGGAAGAAUUAAUGUUGCAAACAAAGUACCAAAAAUUAAAGAAAAAAAAGAAAGCUCUUCAAGCACUAAAAUCUCCCAAACCAGAACCUGAGAAGCCUGUAUUGCCCAAGCGUCCCACGGAAGCUAGAGAUGCCCGAGAAAUUGCUCGAAAACUGAUUAAAAGUGGUGCUAUUCCUGCCAUUAAAAGCCCACCUCCUCAGCCACAAAAUGCUACUUUUAAAAGACCUCGUGCAGGAAGAGAACGAAAACUCAGUGGUUCAGCAGGAGCAACAGGGGGUGUAGCUUCAUAUCAACCCUUUAGUGCUUCUCAAGAGCCCCCACCUCCUGAAGAAAAACCAGCUCCACGUGUCAAAUAUUUAUAUGACUCCUUUGUUACUGCAAGAGAUAAGAAAGAGAAAGGGCCUCGAAGUCAUGGAGGGGGAGAUGCGCCAAAUACUGGUAACAAGAGCAACACUUUACAAAUAGCUGGUACAAAUAUUACAGAGGAAGUCCUGCGACGACGCUUAGUGUCAUUUGAACCUUUUACAUACAUCCAGGAUCAAGAUGAUGAUAAAGUAUUCCUAUCAUUUGAUAAUGCUGAUAUGGCCAACCAGGCUCAAAUUGCUUUAGAUGGAUGUGAGGAAGGUUGGCGUAUAACUUUUGCCAAGAAACCUCCUCCACCGAAGGCUGCAUGGCCACCAUCAUCUACUCCUCGCAAUCAGCCACCACCUAAGGAUUUCAAAAGAUCGCUUGUUACUUAUGAUGAUAUAUUUGAAUAA